CCUUCCUGCAGUGAGGAGACUGGAAUUGUCAAGACACCAGGUUUAAGUCAGAAAGACGUGCCCAACUAACUUUUGUUAAUGAUGAAAAGGAAAUGUUCUGUUAAUUUAUUUCUCGUCUUUUGUGUAGUGUUUCUUCCUCGGGAUGUGUUCUCUGCGCCUUCUCAACAGUUUCCAUUUGGCGUUAUCGAAGGUGUCGAUGUUCAAGCUAUAACAUCUGGGAAGACCGUGUACGCCUACUAUGGCAUACCCUUUGCUGAACCCCCAGUCGGGCCUCUCCGGUUCAGACCCCCUGUCCCAUACGCUGGGAGGAACCCGAACAACGUUAUUUCUUCAAACAGUUUCCGUGCAUCCUGCAUGCAGGAGGCCCCUCCCGUUCCCACGACCACCAGUGAAGACUGUCUGCACCUCAACAUUUUCGCGCCCUCGGCUAGUUCCCAGACAGAAAGAAAAGUCAUGGUUUGGAUCCACGGUGGAGGUUACAUUCUUGGGGAUGUCCGGCCCUACACCCCCACUGACCUGGUGGCAGAUUAUGACGUCGUCGUGGUCACCAUCCACUACCGUUUGGGGUUCUUUGGUUUUAUGAGUACUGGGGACGAGGCAUCGCCAGGCAACAACGGACUAAGAGAUCAAGUGCUCGCACUUCAGUGGGUAAAGGAUAACAUCCGGGCUUUUGGAGGUGACCCCGAUGACGUCACCUUGUUUGGCGAAUCUGCGGGGGCCGGAAGUGUGUCCUUCCUGUCGCUGAGUCCAUAUUCUAAGGGACUGUUCACGAAAGCCAUCAUGCAGAGCGGCACCGUGUUUUCCCCGUGGUCAAUCAUCUCUCCGGCCAGAGCUCGCUCCAACUUCUACAAGAUGGCCGGCCAGCUCAACUGCCUGCCCUGGUGGUACCUUGUUGGACGCCACGAGAGCCCCAUUAUGUAG